CCAGGAGCUCCUGGUGCGGAGCGCGGGGCCCCCGGGCGCGGCCGGCCCGCCCGGGCUCCUCUUCGAGCAGGGGCAGUGGGAGCCGAGGCCCGAGGCGAGGGCGGUCCUCGCCGUGAUGGCCAGGUGCCUGCGGGAGGACGGGCACUGCGUCCGGGUCGAGGGGCACGCCGACAGCGAGGAGCCCGCCGCCGUGGCCCAGCAGCGGGCGGCCGCGGUUGCCGAGGCGCUCGUGGCCCUGGGCGUGGAGCGGCGCCGGCUGAGGCCAGUGAGCUGCAAGUCGCACCACCCGAUCUCGAGGCUGCACAAGCACCUCAACCGCCGUGUGGAGCUUCAUGUCGACUAGGCUCAGAGCUGAGACGUGUGUGUGUGUGUAGCAAUACCCUCGAGUUCUUCGGUUUGGCCGGCGGAGGGUCUUAUGUUUCUGAAGGAUGUUUCCCUGCGCCAGGCCAGGCCGUGUAGAGUUGUUGUCCGUGCGCGCGGGCGGCUGCGGCUGGAGGGCUGCUUCGCACUGACCCCGUGCGCCACUUGUUGAGCGGACGUCGUGAGCAUCGCGUCGCGG